AUGACCCGUGAUGACAUUUUAAAAAUAUUAGCUUUAAAAAGUGAAGAUGGUAAAAUGAUGAAAUCUGCUAGAAGAAUGAUGAGAAACUCGAUUCCUAAACGCGACGAUGAUGGCAGAAUACACGAUGUAGUCGAUAAAUUAAUAGCCGAGGUGCCUAGAGAUGAUCAUAAGCUUACAGCAAAUGAAAGUAUUUACUGGGAUCCUCAGGGUGCGUUAGAAGAUUUAAAAGAGUAUUAUGACGCUAAGCGCGAUGGGCGACGUCUUUUCAAAGGAGAACGCACAAGCGUCAGAGACUGGCCAUUUAUGGUUUCUAUUCAUAUUAUGGGCAAAUUUUGGUGUGGAGGUGCAUUGUAUUGGAAUGAUCUGGUUAUUACAUCGGCAUCUUGUUUGCAACUAUUAUACAACAACCGAUUUUAUCGUGAAAAUCCUCGUGUAGUACAAGUCAGAAUAGGCAGCAACCACAGUCGAGUCGGUGGUGAACUCAUCGAUGUUCUAGAGGUAUAUUUUCACCCAGCCUAUGACCCCAAGAGUCUACAAAAUAACCUGGCGGUUACAAGACUACGGCGUCAUUUAGCGUUCUCGUAUCACAGGAUCCCGAAAAUAAUUAGUAUUAGUGACCUGCCAACUACUGUUCCCUCCACUGCAGAAGUUUUAAUACUAGGAUGGGGAGUCACGAAGUUGUCACAGAAAUUAAGUUACGAACCAAUAUUUUUACAAAAAAAAUAUUUGCCGGUCUACCCAAAUACAUUUUGCAAAGAAGUGUAUGGAAAGAAUUUCAUUACUGAAAAAAUGUUUUGCGCUGGAACUAUCACUACAGGAGAAGGAGCGUGUGAUCAUGACGCAGGAGGCCCCGCAAUAUUCGCUGGUCGUCUUGUAGGCAUCAUCUCAUUUGGUCCAUCAGUCUGCGGCUUCACGAAUGCACCUACGGUUUUCACAUUAAUUGGAGCUUUUUCUGAUUGGAUCGAAACUGUUAAUGAAAGUAUGCCUAACUACUAUCGAGCGAAACGACCCACCACUAGCUCAACAAAAUCUAUAAUAGAUGGCUAUUUCGCCACCUGGCAAGAUUCAAAGUUGAAAAAUGCCGAAAAGAUAAGAGCGGAAACUAAAAUGGAACCAUUAGGGAUACCCACUGAACACACUCCUGAGAUUCCAUUGUCAGAAACGUUUGAAAAUGAAACUCCAGCACCUAUAGAAACUACAGAACCGACAGAUACUCCUACAGAUACGACAGAACCUAAUGAAAAUAUUGAAUCCCCUGAAGUAACCGAGCCUACAACACCUGAGAUGGCUACCACUGAAACUUCACCAAUGCCUCCUGGCGCGUUAAGGAUGGAAGAUUCUGAUGGAGGAUGGAGUAUUGAAAAUCGUAAAUAA